AUGUGGCAAUAUGGCAAUGGAUCACGUAACAACAACGGCAGCAGACUAAUUGAUGUGUGUCAGACGUUUCAGCUUGUCAUUGGUGGCCCAUCUUCAAUAAUCCACAAAUUCACUUGGACCUCACCCAGUGGAAGGACUUGUAACCAGGUAGACCAUAUUUGCGUGAGUCGUAAGUGGAGAGGCUCACUACUUGAUGUCAAAAACAGACAGGGAGCCGACAUAGACAGUGACCACGAGCUAAUUACCGGUGAUAUUAAGAUCAAGCUGAAAUGCAGUAAGAAAAAGUACACACCACGCAGGCAUAAACGACUCAACGUUCAGCUGCUCCGCGAUCGCGCGACCAAAAAAGAAACAACUAGCGCCUUUCGCGAAAAGCUGCUCACCAACCACAACAACACUGAAUGGGAAGCUACAAACGCCACGCUCAGGCAGAUAGCUCAGGAAAAACUUGGCACAAUAAAGACCACCAACAGCAAACUAUGGAUCUCUGAUACCACUUGGGGCAUCAAUUAG